UUGUAAACACACCUCUGCUGAGAGAUAAUGGAGAUAAUGUUACCCCGCUUGUGCAAUUUGAUUCAAUGGUCUCUCACUGCUGAAUUCACACCUGAAUGGAGCAAAGCUCUUUAUAUUUAUCAGAGGAAAUGCAAGACUGUUUAUAGCUGGGUGAACUUCCUCCCAACCAGUUGCCUAACGAGGAGUGGGUGAAGUCACUCAGUAAGCUCAGCGUUUUCCCAACACAUUCACCUGCAGAGGGAAGAAUCUGUUAUUUCCUCCCCAGGUUCUCUGUAGAUCCAACAAUGUCUUCAAAAAGUGCCUUGGAGGUAUAUAAGGAGAUGCUGCUGCUGUACCUAGAGGAAGGCCGGCGGCAGAUCAACUCUCGCUGCUCCCACCUGGAGCCGUGGCAAAUCAUGGGAGCAUCUGUCCUCACCAUGCUGGCAGUUCUCUGGCUCAAAGGACUUCUCUUCCAGCGAGAAAGUCUCACUUCCAGAAUCAAGAAUCAAGUCUUUCGACUCGUCAGAAAAAUACCCUUCGUUGGUGACAAUAUUCAGAAGCAGCUGAACAAGGCUCUGGACGACAUGUCCCACAGUCUGUGUACGCUGAAGGAGGGGAUGAGCUACACUCAGCAACUGCCCACUAAAGGGCUAACUCAGAGCCAAGUCAUGGAAAAAAUCAAAGAGUAUCAAACGCUGAAUGAAGUACAGUGGGACAAAGGGUGUGUUUCCGGUGCCGUGUACUGGGGGGAUGAAACUCUGACCAAACUCCUGGUGAAGGUUUAUGGAGAUUUUGCGUGGAGCAACCCUCUCCACCCGGACAUCUUUCCUGGUGUCAGGAAGAUGGAAGCUGAGGUUGUCCGAAUGUCCUGCUCCCUGUUCCACGGUGGACCCAACUCCUGUGGAACUGUCACUUCUGGAGGAACUGAGAGCAUCCUGAUGGCCUGCAAAGCAUACAGAGACAUGGCUUAUGAGCGGGGUGUGACGUUCCCUGAAAUUCUUGCUCCAGUGAGCGUCCACGCGGCGUUCGACAAAGCCGCACAUUACUUUGGGAUGAAACUCGUCCACAUUCCUCUCGACCAGAAGACCAUGAAGGUCGACGUUAAGGCGAUGAGGAGAGCCAUCAGCAAAAACACAGCCAUGCUUGUCUGCUCUGCGCCCCAGUUCCCCCAUGGCAUCAUGGAUCCGGUUGAAGAAGUCGCCAAGCUGGCGGUGCGCUACGACAUCCCUCUGCAUGUGGAUGCCUGUUUGGGCGGGUUUCUCAUUGUUUUCAUGGAAAAAGCUGGUUACUCCCUCGCCCCGUUUGACUUCAGAGUGAAGGGAGUUACUAGCAUCUCUGCAGACACCCACAAGUACGGCUAUGCGCCCAAAGGCUCAUCUGUGAUCCUCUAUAGCGAUAAAAAGUACCGUCAGUACCAGUACUUUGUGGCUCCAGACUGGCAGGGGGGGAUCUACGCCUCGCCGUCGGUGGCGGGCUCCAGGCCCGGAGGAAUCAUCGCCGCCUGCUGGGCCACCAUGAUGUACAUGGGAGAGAGCGGCUACGUGGACGCCACCAAGAAGAUCAUCGGCACGGCGCGCAAGAUCAGAAACGAGAUGAGAAAAAUAAAGGGAGUGUUUGUGUUCGGGAACCCGGAAGUGUCUGUGGUGGCCAUCGGCUCCGAGGACUUUGACAUCUUCCGCCUGUCGAACGCGCUGACGUCAAAGGGCUGGAACCUGAACACGCUGCAGUUUCCAUCCAGCAUCCACCUAUGCUGCACGGUGCUCCACACCCAGCCUGGGGUUGCUGAUCGGUUCAUUCGGGAAGUUAAAGAACAGGUCGCCAUCAUCAUGAAGAAACCCAGAGAGAAAACCACAGGAAUGGGGGCGAUCUAUGGCAUGGCCCAGUCCAUCCCAGACCGGUCCCUGGUGACUGAGAUCUCCAGAGGGUUCCUGGACUGUCUCUACAGCACCGAGGUACCAAAAUCCAACGUCAGCCACAUGAACGGCAAUAGCAAAGCCCACUAAAGUUUAACUCUCCACGUCCUUGAACCCAAUUUCAAGGUCAAUGUGCUCCUUGUUAAAUCGCUCAACGGUUGCCUUAUUAUUUAAAACUGCACUGAGAAAGUCUGCAGAGCGUUUAGGAGAAGAAGAAGAAGAAGAAGAAGAAGAAGAAGAAGCCAUCAUCGCUUAACUGAACCCAGAGAGAAACUGGACUUUCCUGGGUUCACCAGAACCUUUAACUUGAUUUUAACAAUGCCAUGGGACUGACUGUGUGUUAUUUUAUCUUUCAUUCAUUUUAGACAGUUUUCAUUUCUUAAUCUUGACACGUUCUCCUAUUGGUGCAUCUCAAGAAAUCAAAAAUUAUCAUAAAAUUAACUUGUUGAUGAUUUCAGUGUUUAUUUCUGAUCAUUUCUGUGAUUAUUCAUUCAUACUAAUGAAAAUCUAAAAGCUUUUUUCUCUCAAGAUUAGAAUAUUACAUUCUAGGAAACUACUGGAUCAAUGCGGCAUGGUAUGGAGGAGAUCAGGAAGUAGCAGUCCUGAGGAUUUCCACUGUUUUUCCUUCCAGUUAACUUUCCAUUAACUUUGCUUGUAUGCAGCCCGGCUGAUAUUUUUAUGUUAUAGUAAUAACAAUAACUUAUUGUUAUUAUAACAUAAAUUAUACACAAAUUUAUUAUUAUAAUAAUUUCUAAGAGACUUUUAUAUUUGGUUUUUAUUAGAUUUCUUCUAUAAUCAUCAAAAUAAACACAUUAACAGUUGAAAUGAUGGAAAUUUCAGAAGUUUUUGAUAUUUUGAGAUGCACCUGUGUUUGAAUCAUAGCGAAACAAUUCAGUUUUUUCUUCUGUUGACAUUUUUAUUUUUGUCUGAACAUUUCAACUUCUUUCAGCAACACCUCAAAACCAUUGAUAGAGUUGCUGUGCUGCCCUCUAGCGUGAAAACGUGAGGACUGCAGCUAUUUUCUGUCAGCGCUUCAACAUGCAGCAUUUAUUUCAUUCUGUCUUGUUGGUACAAAGAGCUCUGCAAUACAGUGGCCUUUUAAAUCCAUCAUAAACAGAAGGAAAAAGUACAUUUCUGCUAAAAAAUCUAAGAAAUUCCCUAGAAAAAACUUGAAAUUUUAAGUGAUUAAAAGUCGAAAAUUUGCUAAAGAUUCUGAAAUUUUUGAGUUUCAAAAAUUGAAAAUUUUCAACUUCUGAAGAUUAGAAAAUUUUCAAAAGUUGAACAUUUUGGACUUACGAAUAUUUCUGAGUUGCAAACGUCAAAAAUUUGCAAGAAAAAGCUAACAAAUUUUCUGAUUUGCUAGCUUUAAUUUUGACACAAAUCAAAAAUUUUGUAGAAGAAAAUGAGAAAAUUUCUUGUUUCAAAACUUGAGUAUUUGAUUGAAAACACUUUCUUUAGAUUUAUCUCAGAAAUUGUCAACAAAAAACUUUUGAAAAGUCUAGAAUCUGCUAGAAACAACUCAAAAACUUAGUUUAAUCUUCAAUUUUAUUUCUUGAAAAAGUUUGGAAAUAUUUUUGAAACUGACAAAUUUCAGAUUUUUUUAUUUCAGAUCAGUCUCAAAAUUUGUUUUGAAAUUAUUACAUUUUUCAAAUUCAAACAAUUUCCAAAAGUUGGAAAUUUCCAACUCUUGAAACUUUGAAAAUAUAUAAUUUAUAGUAAGCUCUGCCUGCAUGAAAUGUUUAUUUUGUUUCCAGAGUUUCUGUUUGUUGACGUUUGGGCCGUAAAGGAGAUGAGAGGCAUUAAUAUCCAGAUUCAAUCAGAUUUCAGGUUUCUUCCUAACAGACUGAAGUUUCAACUCUUGGUCUAUUCUCAGUGGUUUCUACUCUGUGUUUAGCGUCUUGUGCUAAUUUGUGUCCUUAUUGAAUCUACCUCAGUUUGUACUGGCCUCAUCCAGCAGGGUGACGGAUUUCCACACAACACUGUGAGUUUAUCAGGCCGCCUCAAUAACGCGGAUUCAAAGCCGCAGAUCCGGCCGGUUGGGAGGAAGUUUCUGGAAAUGUAGACGGUUCCUUAAAGGUUAACGAAGCAAACUGUAAAUCACUUUGUCUCUGAUUUAUCUGUUCUCCUAAUGCGGUUAAAGUAGUUUUGUGCAAUAUACAUUUUUCUUGUGCAAAGUGGUGGGGAAAAGGGGAGAAUCUCCGCUGUUGGCGUUUAAAUCAGCCACAUAACAAUGAUGAUAAUUUAACAUAUAUGGCGCAAUAUUAGGACCAUUAAUGAGAGAAAAAAAUGAGUAACAAACUCAGAUUUUGAGCUUAUUCACAGAAAUGUUUUAGAAAAAAAAAGGAAAUUUCUGAGUUUCAAAAGUGGAAAAAUUGCUCGAGAAAAAAUGUUUUUGGAGAACAUUCUCAGAAAGUUUUAGAAAAAAACUAAAACAAUUUUAGUUUGAAAAGUCCAACACUUGCAAGAAAAAAAUAAACAAUGAGAUUAAUCUCAGUGAUAUUCUAGGAUAAACUUGAAAACUUUCUGAAUUUUAAAAGUUAAAAAUUCACCACUUUGUUAUAUUUUUGAGUUUCAAAAGUAGAAAAUGUUCCAGUUUAAAUGUAUUUUUCCCCCAAAAAUAAAUAAUUUUGCUAAUUUUAUUUUUCAUAAAGUUUUGACGUUUGGACCUCAGAAAUUUCCAAUCUUUUUUCUGGAAAAUUUGAAGUUAACCUAAAUUUUUUAUAGUUUUAUGGCAGAAUUGUCUCCCUUUUUUUCUACAGUGUAAUGCACCAUCGUAAAAACUUUUAACCACUUUCUAAUAGACAUUCAAGCCUUUUUUGUGAGCAUUUGUUUUCAUGGGUAGCAUUUUUGCUCAGAUUACACAUGAAUGUACUUGGUUUUGUUUGUUUUUUCCUCCAUGUUUUAUUCAGUGCCUGAUGUGUAACAUUUACAACAUAUCUGCCUGUUAAACCUGAUAAUCUGAGUCCCGUCAAAGGCUCAGUGAAUAACCAACAUAAAGACUGACCAACGACGACUCCAUAAAGACUUUUUGCUGUAACUUUUACUCUAAUAAUGUAUUUUCUUCACAGAAAAUAAACAAUCUGCCCUUAAUUCUCAUUAAAUGAUUGUAUUUAGUAGUAUGGGUUUACAUGUAGUUCAAAUAAAAUUUCAAAAUUACAAAAUA